AUGACACACAAGUUUCCACCGUCACCGGUAGUUCGCUCAAUGUUCAUUGUUGGCAACAUCGCCCCUGAGGAUCUUAACUAUCCUUCCAUAUCAAUAUCUCUAGAUCCCUCAAAAACAAAGUCUGUUAAUCGCACACUAACAAAUGUCGGGGAUGCUAAUGAGGUUUACAACAUAGAUGUUGAAGAACCAAAAGGAAUCAGUGUGGUUGUCUCUCCAUCUUCAAUUCAAUUUUCACAAAUUGCCGAGGAGAAAAACAUCAGUAAGGGAAUGCCUUUAAACCAAGUUUCUUUUUACAAUACUCAGCAAUCUAUAAUAAUUGGUCUGGAAUCCUUGGGAAGUGAUUGCAUGUCCAGCUCUGUUAUGCAUAGUUUUACUCAUAUGCAUAGUUUUGGUAACCCAUUAUCUUCGGUUCUCAAUGACCAACAUGACAAGAAAGAAAGCCAACUUCGAACCUACAUUAUUCACAUCCGAAGGCCGAAGCACGAUGAGUUGCUUGGUGAUGAAGAUGUAGAAGAUUGGCAUAGAUCUUUCUUGCCAAACACUACUCUUGAUACUGGUGAGCCACGGUUGAUUCACUCGUAUCGUCAUGCAAUUAGUGGGUUCGCUGCAAGACUGACUUCAGAAGAAGUGAGGGCCAUAGAGUCCAUGGAAGGCUUCUUGAUAGCCCGUCCAUCUAGGACACUAAAGCUCUCCACUACCUACACACCAAGGUUCUUGGGUUUAGACCGUCAAAGUGGUUUAUGGGUUGACUCGUUCAUGGGGUCAGGUGUCAUAAUUGGUGUUGUUGACAGUGGCAUCACUCCACACCAUGCUUCUUUCAUGGAUGAUGGCACAAUGCCACCUAAACCCCCCUCAUGGAAAGGGAGUUGUCGUUUCCUCAACAAAACACUAUGCAACAACAAGCUCAUUGGCGCUAUUGCAUUUCGUGGCUCAAGAAGGCCUUCACCAAAAGAUGCUAAGAACGACGGGCAUGGGACACAUGUUGCAGGCAUUGCCGCCGGAAGUUUUGUUAAUAAUGCUAAUGUUCUUGGGCUUGCUAGGGGCACCGCAUCAGGCACUGCACCUAAAGCUCAUCUUGCUAUUUAUAAAGCUUGCUCUACUAGCGGCUGCAGUGGUGCAGAUAUUGUGGCAGCAAUAGAAGAAGCCAUGAAAAAUGGUGUAGAUAUUCUCUCACUUUCCUUGGGACAAAAAUCUCGUCCCUUCUAUAAUGAUGACAUAAUGAUUGCAACGCUCUCAGCUGUUAGAGCGAAAAUAUUUGUUUGUAUGGCUGCAGGAAACUCGGGCCCUUCGCGAGAAAGUGUUGAGAAUGGUGCUCCAUGGAUCCUUACUGUUGGAGCUAGCACCCAUGAUAGGAGGGUUAGUGCCAUCGUCAAACUAGGAAACGGUGUGGAAGUUGAAGGAGAAUCUGGAUACCAGCCAAAUAUUUUCAAUGCAACAGGUAACAUCAUCUUCCCUGGCUUUGGAAGUCAGAAUGGCACACUAGGAUGCAAGAAAAACUCCUUUAAUAACACUAAUGUAAAGGGAAAGAUUGUUCUGUGCAAUAUUGAGGAAGGCAAGUACAGAGACAUGAGCGUUAAUGUGAAAGCUGCCGGAGGGGUGGGGAUGAUAGUGUUGGAUACAUUUGUGGAAGGAGCUACUACUUUAUCUUAUGACUAUGUACUCCCAACAGCUCAUGUCAACUACACCACCGCACGCAAAAUUGUGAAUUACCUCAGAAACACAAGCUCAGCUGCUACUGCAACAAUUGCAUUUAAUGGUACAAAGUUUGGAGCACGACCAUCUCCAACAGUCGGUUUCUUCUCUUCAAGAGGUCCACAUCCUUAUAAUGGUGGGAUAAUAAAGCCUGAUAUCCUUGGACCAGGGGUGAAUAUCCUUUCUGCAUGGCCAGUUAGACCUGGACCAAAUCCGAAUGGUCCUCCAGGCUCAUAUUUUAACUUCGACAGUGGAACAUCAAUGGCCACACCUCAUCUCGCGGGGAUUGCUGCACUACUCAAGAACAUUCACAAGAAUUGGUCAACCGCAGCAAUUAAGUCAGCAAUCAUGACAACUGCCAAUAGGUUUGAUCUUGAUGGAAACCCAAUUCUUGAUGACUAUAAGGAACAUAUCAAUCAUGCAAAUGCGACUGACAUGGGUUCAGGACAAGUGAAUCCUGUUGCAGUUAAUGAUCCUGGACUUAUAUAUGACAUAAACCCAGACCACUACAUUCAGUACCUUUGUGGUCUAGGAUACAAUGACACACAAGUUUCCACUGUUGCUGGCAGUUCAGUUCAAUGUUCUAUUGUUGGCAGCAUUGCUCCCGAGGAUCUUAACUAUCCUUCCAUAUCAAUAUCUCUAGAUCCCUCAAAAACAAAGUCUGUUAAUCGUACACUAACAAAUGUCGGGGAUGCUAAUGAGGUUUACAACAUAGAUGUUGAAGAACCAAAAGGAAUUAGUGUGGUUGUCUCUCCAUCUUCAAUUCAAUUUUCACAAAUUGGCGAGGAGAAAAACAUCAUUCUUGAAUUUAGUAGUAAGGGAAUGCCUUUAAACCAAGGUAAUAUUUUGUAUGGGCAACUUAAACUGGACUCUGGAAAGCACUUCAUAAGGAGCCCCAUAUCAGUCGCCAUCCUUUGA